UUUUAUUUGCGACGCUGUCGUGUUAACAGCGCACUUUACGGCCGCGACGACGGAGCGAGCCAGCGCCAAGGCUACUCGGACAGGGAAGCAGGGCGGGCGAGUGAAGUUGAUGCCCGGCGGUGGGGCCGGUCCGGCGUCUGGCCGACUUCUCAUCGCUGCGGAGCAAAGAGGGUCCAGGGAAGCGGCGGGGUCGGCGCUCAGGAACGUCCCGGGGAGCGGCGGCGGCGGCGGCGGGCCGGUGAACGGAGGCCCGGGCGGCCCCGCGGGCAGGAUGAGCCUGACCCCGAAGGAGCUGUCGAGCCUGCUGAGCAUCAUUUCUGAGGAGGCGGGCGGCGGCAGCACCUUCGAGGGCCUUUCCACAGCCUUCCACCACUACUUCAGCAAGGCCGACCACUUCCGCCUGGGCUCGGUGUUGGUGAUGCUGCUGCAGCAGCCGGACCUGCUGCCCAGCGCGGCGCAGCGGCUCACGGCGCUCUAUCUGCUCUGGGAGAUGUACCGCACCGAGCCGCUCGCCGCCAACCCCUUCGCCGCCAGCUUCGCACACCUGCUCAACCCCGCGCCACCCGCCCGCGGCGGCCAGGAGCCCGACCGCCCGCCGCUCUCAGGAUUUUUACCUCCUAUAACUCCACCAGAAAAGUUUUUUCUUUCCCAGCUCAUGCUGGCACCUCCAAGGGAACUCUUCAAAAAGACACCUCGCCAGAUUGCAUUGAUGGAUGUUGGAAACAUGGGCCAGUCUGUGGACAUUAGUGGACUUCAGUUAGCCUUGGCCGAACGCCAGUCUGAAUUGCCAACCCAAAGUAAAGCUAGCUUCCCUAGUAUUCUUAGUGACCCAGACCCAGAUUCUUCUAAUUCUGGAUUCGACAGCUCAGUUGCCUCUCGUAUCACAGAAUCAUUAGUCAGUGGACCAAAGCCACCUAUUGAAAGCCAUUUUCGGCCAGAAUUUAUCCGUCCUCCACCUCCUCUCCACAUUUGUGAGGAUGAACUGGCUUGGUUAAAUCCCACGGAGCCUGACCAUGCGAUUCAGUGGGAUAAAUCCAUGUGUGUUAAGAAUAGCACAGGUGUGGAGAUCAAGCGAAUCAUGGCCAAAGCCUUCAAAAGCCCCUUAUCUUCUCCCCAACAAACACAGCUCCUUAGUGAGCUGGAAAAAGACCCCAAACUUGUUUAUCAUAUUGGCCUCACUCCAGCCAAACUUCCAGACCUCGUGGAAAACAACCCUCUAGUCGCUAUAGAAAUGUUGCUGAAAUUAAUGCAGUCAAGCCAGAUCACUGAGUAUUUCUCUGUCCUGGUCAAUAUGGAUAUGUCCUUACAUUCAAUGGAAGUUGUAAAUCGGCUAACUACAGCUGUUGAUCUACCUCCUGAAUUUAUUCACCUUUAUAUAUCAAAUUGCAUCUCUACUUGUGAACAAAUUAAGGAUAAAUACAUGCAGAAUCGUUUGGUGCGUCUCGUGUGUGUCUUUCUCCAAUCCUUAAUCCGCAACAAAAUUAUUAAUGUGCAGGACUUAUUUAUAGAAGUGCAGGCCUUCUGUAUUGAGUUCAGUAGGAUCCGAGAAGCUGCAGGCUUGUUCCGGUUGUUGAAGACAUUGGACACUGGAGAAACGCCCUCGGAGACCAAACUGUCAAAAUAGUACGUCACUACCCUGUUCAUUGCCCAACCGUAUUGCAAUUAGUUUUAAAAACUCUUUAGUGGAUUGUUUGAUCUAAUGCAUAUAAAUAACACUUUAUUUACUUAUAACAAAGUUUUCCUUUUCCUGGAUGACUUUUUCCUAUCAAUGAGUUUUUGGUAAGAACUUGGGAAAGUGUUUUUUUAGGUGUCUUACUGAUGACUAUCAGAGGAACAACCACUCACAAAAAAAGAGUAGCUGAGGUAUUUAAAAGAAAAUUUUUUUAAAGAGCAAAGGGCCUGUUCUUGCUUAAAAUACCAGUCACAGGUUUCUGAAAAACCAGGAGUCCUGUUUUUCUAAGAUUCCAAUGUUGAAAGUAUUCAAUGAGAGUAAGUAAGACAUUCUUAAGAAUCUGUGGUGCUGUCUUUAUGAGCUCUUCUCAAGCAUAGCCAAGGACACACUUGUAACUUUAUGACAACAGAAUACAUUAGUCCUGUGAGCCUCUUACAAACAUGGGAACUCUUAGUAACCUUCUAGCCUGUAGCAGCAGGCAUUGUUUUCUGGGUUUUUUUCUUGAGAAUGAUUUUUGGUUAUUAGUCUAAGAUAGCCACUUUUUUGCUUUGGGAGGUAGUAUCACCCUAGGAGCCGCUGUUUGUGUUGGGUGGAUGUGUGUUUGAGGCACAGGAGAGCAAGGACUAAAGUGCCUCCCAUUAAAGCUUUUUUUUUCCUUUUGUUUUAAAUCAGCUGUCAUCUGGUAUGCUUUUUAUUUGAAGAAAUCAUGAAAAUUUCCUUUUACAGAGUAUAAUCUGUUCAAUAGGAAUUACUCUCUACUCCAGAAUUUAGCAAAAGUUAAAGAUAGCCAAGCCCAUUAAUUUUUAAGAGUAUAAGUUCCACUCUUGUAGCAUUUGACCUGAAGCUUAUCUAACAUGUAUUUUGUUCACAAGGCACAUCAUAACAUUCCGUUCUAUGUUAUGCAUAGAACAGAAGCUGCAUUUCAUACCUGGGGCCGUUUUAAACAGUGAAGUUGUCCAAAAAAAAAAAAAAA